AUGUCGUUCGAAGGCAUCCAGUCUCUGGAAGAACUGACCCAGGUCUAUGAGUACCUGUUUAACCAGUUCGUCCUGGACAUGGACUACGGCCACAAGGCUUUUCUAGACAAGCUCGUCAACACUCGCUACUCGAUCCAAAAGGCACUGGAGAACCUCGAAAAGCGCACCGCUGAGCUUUUGUACGAAAAGAAAAAGUGGUACAAUUGGGUUCGGGAUGCUCAGGAUGACCAAGACAAGAACCGGGAGAAGGAGCAGAAGAAGAGGUUCAAACAGGAGCACGCCCUGUUUCAACGCCACAAGCGCGAGUUGGAGGCUCGCCUUGCUGCUGCUAGGGCCAAGGAAGAGGAACGGAGCCAGGCUGCGUAUUUGGAAGAGAUUUUGACCGAACGCAUGGCUGCCUCUGCAUCCGAGGAUAGUGAAGAGUCUUCGUGGGAUCCUAUCGAGAAUGUAGUGGAGAACACCCGAGGACAGUACUUGGAUCUCAUACGCCAUUUCCUGUGGAUUGAGCCCCCUAUCGUGGAGAACAAAGAGGAGGAAGUAUGCGUUCAUCCCACUCCUGCGGGAGCUCCCGGUGUGGGCGGCGGUGCGGAAGCCGCGAUUGAGAAGGAGGAUGAGAUGACAGCAGCCGAAAAGAAGAAGGCUAGGAAGCGGGCAAAGAAAAAGUCGUCAAAGACGGCAGCAGCAGCACAGAACCAGGAAGCUGGCAGUUCGGUCGCGACAGGGAAAUCCCAGCCACAGCCAGACAAGAGCAAGAUAGAGAGCAAAGAGGACGUGAGAAAGCGGCUCAAGGAGGGCGUUGAAAAAGACUACAGCCAUAUCAAUAGACCAAUGCUCAUAGGUACCGCGCAAAACCCAGCCGAGCUAGCCAAAAGAACAGCCCCUGUCAAAGACGAGGAUUUUGUCAAACUCAUUGCUGACAUCACCGAGAUUAAGGAGCUUCUGUUUUGUCGCCAGGUCAUGUCACGCUCUGCGCUUCUCCCAGCUGCACUCAAAGCCAAUAGUUUGGGGGAAUUCCUCGCCGAUCCUUCCAUCUCCGACUCUGAUCUCUUAGAUCUCUGCAUCCAGGUGGAACAGCCUAGUCUGCAAGCCCUUCGAGAUGCCUGUGCCGAUUUUGUGCGGGGGGAUGAGCCAGACAAAGACGAAGAUGACGAGGAUGGUGAGGACGACAAGUACGGCUUAGUCACAGAAUAUAUUCACCAUCAUUAUCGCUACGGGGCUCUCGAAGACCUGUAUCGCGAAGCCCUCAGCAGCAUGUCCCGCAGAGUCCUUCGGGGCUCGGACAAACUCUUUAAAGACAUUGCCGAGGACGAAAAACCCAAAGACAAGAAAAUGAAGGGAUUCGUGCCAUUCUUCAUAGACCUGACAGCACAGCAGGAGACAACAUACAACCAGCUUGGUACCACCCGUCGGAAAGUACUUCGAAAGCAAAGUCUUGUUGUGGAGGCGCGCAACUUCAUAUGUGCUCACAUGAAACGCAACGAUCCCGUCAGUCGGCGAUUCAUUCAGUACGCCCUCAUGCGUCCUGACGAACAUUUCAUUCUUGUUCGAGAUGGCAAGACUGGUCGCAUUGGCGACGCGCCUGAAGACUACAACCGCUGGAUCGUCCGAUCGAGGUCGUGA